AUGGCGUUCAUGAUGCCUGUAGUAAAGAACGAUUGGGACAUUUACAACUCGCAGCGGUCGCGACGGACCUCAGAAUCUGCGGACAAGGCCGGCCUAGGUGGCGGGCGCGUCCGCAAGGUGUCGGAGUCGCGGUCGGAGGGCCCGGCGCUGUCGCCGCGCUCGCACACGCUGAGCCCGCACCGCAGCGCGCCGGCUAUGCGCUCCCUGUCGUACUGCCGCGCGCCGCCCUCGCGUGCUUCCCUUCGAGUCCCCAUCGACAGUCCCAGCAAGGGUUCGGCUAGCCCCAAAGGCGUACCGCGGGAGGACAAGUUCCACAGCAGGUUGGUGGAGAAGCUGAAAAGAGCGCUCGGCCGCUCAGAUUCGCGUCGCGAGGAGAGGAGCUCGUGA